AUGGAUUAUGUUCAACGAGUGGACGUAAAUAAAGUUAUUCAUGGGAAUGAGCCAUUCUUUACGUUCAUUGAUUUUUUAAGGACGAAGAAAGUGUGUAAUAGAAGAAAUGUACAUAUAGAAAAUUCUUUUAAAAAAUUAAAUAAUAUAACUUUUGAUAAUGGAUAUAAUAAAGAAAAUAAGAUAUUAUUAUCUUUGAAGGAAAUAUAUAAAUUAAUUGUUGAUAUACAAAAUAAAAACAAAAUUUAUAGAGAUAUAAAAGGAAAUUAUAAUAGUAAUAAUAAUAAGAAGAAUAAUAUACAUGAGAUGAAAAAGAAUUAUUAUAAUAAUCUUAGUAAUCGAAAUAAUUAUUUAUUAUAUGUUCUUAAAAAUGAUAUAAUGGAAAAUUCAUACAAUGUUUCAUCAUAUAUUAUAUUAAUAUUUAUUUUAAUAAAUUAUCAAAAGAAAAUAUUUUAUAUUAUAAAUAUAUAUUAUAAAGAUAUAAAUUGCCAAUAUAAAAAAAAAAAAAAAAAAGAAUCUUAUCAAAAGGAUUAUAGUCACAAUAAUCAUUAUUCUUUACAUUUUAUAAAUAAUAUUGUCUUGUUAAAAAAUAAAUUCUCAAAUAACGAAAUUUCCCUUACUUCAAAAAAUUUUAAUUAUAACUUAAAAAUAAAGAAGAAAUAUAUAUAUAAGAAAAAAAAAAAGAAAAAAAAAAGAGUUCCUAAAAGAUUUUGGUUGUAUAUUCAAAAAUUAUUCUUAUAUAAAUAUUAUUAUUUGAUUAAUAAAACUGUAGAUUACAAAUGUGAAAAUAAUAUUUUAUAUGAUCAAAAAAUUAAUUAUUUAUAUAAUAUUAAAAAAGAAAAAAAUUUUCUUUUCAAAAAUUUUAUAUUACAAAAAUUAUUUUGGGUGUAUAAAAUAAAUAAACACAAUAUUCAAAUCAAACAAAAUAAUAAUUAUGAACCGUUUCAUUUUACAAAUAUAUUAUAUGAUAGUAGUAUAAAAUAUAUAUGUAAUAAAUUAUUAUUUAUAUAUUUUUGUUUAAAAAAUUAUCAUCAUUAUAAUGAUUCUUUCGAUAUCAUGAGAACUCAAAAUAUUUUUAUGAUGUUAUGGAAUUAUAUAUAUAAUACAGAUUAUUAUGUAAAAUCAAAACAAGUGAAUAAUUUUUUAGAAUAUAUUAUGAAUCUCUACAUAUUUUAUAAUUUAUUAAAAUUACAAGUAUAUAUUAUAAUACAAAUAUCUCAAAUCUUAAUACAAUUUAUAUUAAAAAUAAUAACCUUAUGGAUAAUUAAUAUGAUGAACAAUGUAAUAAUGUACCUUUCUAUUAUUUUUACAAUGAUUACAAUAUUAAAGAUGUUUUAUAGUACCUUUAUUAUUAAUAUUUUUGUCUUACACAAAGAUAUUAUACUAUGUGAUCAAUAUGAAAAAUAUAAUGAUAAUAAACAAAUUGUACAUAACAAUAAUUAUUAUGUUAAUAGAAGUAUUAUUUUAUAUAAUUUAUGUAACAUUAAACAAUAUACAAUAAAAUAUUAUAAUAUUAUUAAUCAGUGUAUUCAUAAAUUAUAUAAUAUUAUGGUUAUAAAACAAAAAAAUACCUAUAAUUAUAUUACAAAAAGUUAUUUAUGUGUAUUAUUUUUGAAUCAGCUAUAUUAUAGUAGAAUACAAUGUAUUAGGAUAUAUGAAAAAAAUAUAUAUCCCAUAUCACUUCAUCAGCUGUGGAAAAGUAAUAUAAAUACUUAUUUUAUAAAAAUAUUAUUAUUAUUAUUAUUAUUAUCAUCAUCAUAUAAUAAUUUAAAUAAUACCAAUGUGUUACAAUUAUAUGAUUGUUAUAAAUAUAAUGUGCACAAUAAUUAUUUGUUUAUUUAUUUUAAUACAUUAAUAGUAGCAAGUAUAUUAAAUUUAUUAUAUAUUUUUUAUUAUGUAUGUAUUAACAAAGUCUGUAUUUAUUUAUAUAGAGAUUGUAUUAUUUCUUUAUUCUUAUUAUAUAUAGAUAUAUUAUAUUUAUAUAGAUAUUAUAACCAUAUAAUAAGAAUACGUGAUAUUUCACGUUUGUCGUAUAUAAUAUAUGUUGUUGUUUUAUUAAUACAUAUUAUGAUGUAUAUAACAUGCUUACAUAAUUUAAUAAGAAUUACAUCACUUGUUAUGUUUUUUUUUGUUUUUAUAAAUACAUCAUUGUCCUAUCCUAAUAUGAAGAUUAUUAAUAUUAUUGCAUAUUAUAAUAAUACAUAUAAUUCUAUUUGUAAAUUUUAUUUAUUAUGUAUUCCUACUAUAUUUAAUAUGUAUAAAUAUUCCUCAUUAUUAACAUGUAUAUAUUUUAUACAUACAAUAAAUGUUUUUGUGAAUUGUGUUACUUUUAUAUUAUUAUAUUUUAUUGUGAUUUUAUCUUUUUCUUUUUUUAUGGACAUGUAUAUAUGUUCCGCCCCUAUAUUAUAUGAUACACUUCUUUCCAAAAAGAAAAUUAUGAAUUUAGAAAAAAAUAGAAGAUACACAUUCGUUUCUUAUAAUAGUUCAUAUGCCUUAAUGAGGACAAUACAUUUAAUUCACCUUAAUAAAUUAUACAUAUAUGAUAUCUUUAUAAAGCGGAAUUUGGUAGGGUGUCAUGGGCUCACAUUGUUUAUACUUGAAAAACAUGAAAGGAAUGAUUAUAUUGUGAAUAAUAAUUAUAAUAUAGUAAUAGUAAUAGUAUUAGUAGGAAGAAGAAAUAGGAGAAUACAAAUAAAGGAUGGACUUAUUAUUUAUAAGAUCCCUGUUAUUAUAUUAAACCUUCCUUCUAGAAAAAGCAAAAUAUAUACAAAUAUAUAUUCCUGUGAAAAACAUUAUAAUACAAAAUUGUAUUGUUUUUUUAUUUUUAAACAACGAAAUAAUAAUGAGAUAGUAGACGAUGUGCAUAAUGAGAAGAGUAAGAAUUAUUAUAUGAACAACCAUGUAAAAUUUGUAAAAAAUAAAAAAUCAUUUUUGUUACAAAUAUAUAGUGAUCCGUUCCAUUGUAAAAAUAAUAAUGUUAAUAAAAUCUUUAAUAAUAUAUCCUUAUGUUAUAAUAUUAAUUUAGAACAUAGAAUGAAGAAUGUACAAAAAUAUAUCCAUGCAGAUAUGUCAAUACAUUUUAGGAAAAAAAAUAAAAGAGAUAAAGGAAUAAAUCAAUAUAUUUAUAAUUAUAUACACAAUUUUUACUUAAGAGUAUGUAAUUUUCUUUUAAAUUUUAAAAAGAGAACAAAAUAUGUAUUAAACAUAGUAUUGUGUAUCUUUAAAUUGUUAAUAUUGACAAAAGAAAUAUUAGUGUUUUAUAUCUAUAACGUGUUCAUAUAUUAUUAUAUAUGGUUGAGGUGUUAUUUUGUGUUAUACAAUAUUAUUUAUGAGUAUAGAGGGAGAAAGGUUUACAUGUUAAUGGGUCUGUAUAAUAACAGCAAGAGGUUUAAGGAUAAUCAUAAAAAGGAUCUAUAUAAUAAAAAUAUAAAAGAGGAAAAAGAAAGGAAAGCAAAAUUUGUAAGUUGUGCUACAAAUAAUGAGUAUAAUGAUAAUAAUAAUGAUAAUAAUAAUGAUAAUAAUAAUAAUAAUAAUAAUAAUAAUAAUAAUAAUAAUAAUAAUAAUAAUAAUAAUAAUAAUGAUAAUAAUAAUAAUAAUGAUAAUAAUAACAAUAAUUACAAUAAUUACAAUAAUUACAAUAAUAAUAAUAACAAUAAUUACAAUAAUUACAAUAAUAAUAAUAAUGGUGGGGGUGGAGAUCGAAAUGAUGAGAACAAUGAUAAAGAUAAAAAAGAAGAUAAUGAUGAUGCUAAUGAUAAUAUUAAUAAUAUGUUAGAAAAUGAUGAUGGGAAAAAAAAAAGAACUAGGAGGAGAAAGACAAGUGAUAAAAGUAAAACCAUAAAUAAAAUGACAACGGGAAGGAGAGGUAGAAAAUCUACAAGUAUGUUAAAUGCACAUAUUGAUGCAAAUAAUAUUUUAAAAAAUAACUUGUACAAUAUAAAUAAUGGUAAUUAUAUGAAUAAUAUAAAUAACUCUAUAUUGUUAAAUAAUAAUAUGCAAGAAAAUUAUAUGAAUUAUAAUAAGUCAUCAAAUAUGCUUAUGAAUAAUAUCCCUAACAAAAUGAAUAUGAAAAUGAAUGGGCAAAUAAAUAAUGAAAUUAUGAAUGAUAUGAUAAAUUAUAAUAUGAAUAAUAACAUGGGUAAUCAAAUGGGUAAUCAUAUAUCUAACCAUAUGAAUAAUAAUAUAUAUGUGAAUAAUCGAGCUGGUAUUGGUUACAUGUCUAAUAGUGUUAAUCAGCAUAAUCAUAUGUCUCCUCAUAUGAAUAAUACAAUAAAUAUACAUAACAAUAAUAAUAACAAUAAUAAUAAUAAUAAUAAUAAUAAUAAUAAUAAUAAUAAUAAUAAUAAUAACACCAGCAACAUCAACAACAACAAUAACAACAACAAUAAUAAUAAUAAUAAUAAUAAUAAUAAUAAUAAUAAUAGUAGUGGUAGUAAUUGUGUUAAUAAUACAUUGCGUAAUAAUUUGAUGAAGAAUAACUUUAAUCAAUUUAAUAGGAUGGUAAAUAAUAAUUCAAUUAAUAUACAUACUUCGAGUUCGAAUAUAAAUAAUAAUAUGAAUAAUUAUAAUAUACAUUUAACUCAUCAAAAGAUAAACAGUAAUAAUAUUAAUAAUAAUAAUAAUAAUAAUAUUAAUAAUAAUACUAAUAAUAGUCUUAAUAUGAAUGGCAAAUUGAAUUAUCAUCAAAUGAGUAAUAAAGUUCAUGGUACCGUACCAAUACCUAUGAAUGUUCAUAUGGGUGGUACAUCCAUAAGUAAUAUAAGCCAUAUGAAUAAUAUAAACAAUAUGAAUAAUAUGAAUAAUAUAAACAAUAUGAAUAAUAUAAACAAUAUGAACAAUAUGAACAAUAUGAAUAAUAUGAACAAUAUGAGCAAUAUGAGCAAUAUGAACAAUGUGAGCAAUAUGAGCAAUAUGAACAAUAUAAACAAUAUAAACAAUAUAAACAAUAUAAACAAUAUGGGAAGUAGUAAUAGGAUGGGCACAAGUCCAAUAAAUCAUCCUAUUCAACAUAAAAAGGGAGGCACACAUAUGAGCAAUCAAAUUGCAAGAAACUCAAUGAAUAAAAUGUUAAGUAACCCUAUAAAUGUAGAUAACAAAAUGAAUGUGCUGAACAGAAAAAAUAGUUGUACCGUUAAUUUUAAUAUGAAUAAUUAUAUGAAUUCUAAUAAUAUGAAUAGAAAUUCUCUACCUAAUAAUAUAUGUAGUGGUGGUACUAUAAUGCCAAACGCCAUGAAUAAAGGGAAGAUAAAAGAUACAGGAAUAAAUAACAACUCAUUCAGAAAUAAUAAUAAUAAUAUGAACAAUAUGAACAAUAUGAACAAUAUGAAUGGUAUGAUAAAUAAUAGAAUGUCUGAACAAAAUAUUAUAGCAAAUAACAUGAUAAAGUCAGAAAUGAGAAAUAAUAAUUUAAUGAAUAUGAAAUUGGUAAAUAGAAAUCAACAUAUGAACAUGAAAUAUGUGAGUGAAAAAUAUCCCAUGAAUACAAAAAUGAUUCAGAAUAAUAAUAUGAUGACUAAUCGAGAUAUGAAUAUUAUAAAUAAUAAUAAUAAUAAUAAUAAUAUUAAUGGUAUUAAUAAUAUGGGUUUUAUAAAUUAUAUGAAUAAAAAUAUGAAAAAUAUAAAAACGGAAAAUUAUACUUAUGAUCAUCACUUAUUGAACCAUGAUACUUUAAGUCCUAUGGAUACAUAUGAUAUACAGCACAUGAAUAAUAAUAUAAACAGUAUGAAUAAUAUGAAUAAUAUGAAUAAUAUGAAUAAUAUGAAUAAUAUGAAUAAUAUGAAUAAUAUGAGUAAUAUGAAUAAUAUAAACAGUAUAAAAAAUAUGAAUAGUAUAAAAAAUAUGAAUAGUAUAAAAAAUAUGAAUAGUAUAAAAAAUAUGAAUAGUAUUCAUGGUGUCAACUCCAAAUUUAUAUUAAACAAACAGGAGGAUGAUAAAAUGUUACACCCAAAUAAUCUUAAUAACGAAAACGUUCAAUCAAACACGUAUUAUCAUCAAACAAAAGAAGAAGAAAUAAAUACUUAUAAUAAUACACAUAGUAGUACUACGAUUAAUAUGAAAAAAAAACAUAAGAAUAGUUUGAAAAAUUCGAAAGAAGAUGAUAUGAAUAAUAAUCAGAAUUUAAGAAGUGUAAAAAUUAACUGGAAUAAAUAUGAUAACUUAUUUAAAAGGAUCCCUUUAGAAAGAAAUUAUGAAGGAUUUGUUUUAGAACAGAAAAAUAUAAAAGAUGAAGAUACUAUUAAUUAUGAGAAAACAUUUAUGUUAGAAAAUAUGGAAGAUAAAGAAGAUGAUGCAAUAUAUUGUGAUUUAUCAAAUAUAAAUUUUAAAACAUUUUUUAAGGAUUAUAAUGAUAUAUUAAAUAAACUUAAUUUAAUAAAAUUAAAUGAUAAAACAAAUUUCAAAAAUAAUUGUUAUUCUCAAUUAUAUGAAGAAAUAUUUUUGAUCAUAGAAAAGUUUUUAGAUAUAUCACACUUGAAGUAUCAUAAUAAUUUUACACAUACCAAUUUUUAUAAUAACUGUUUGAAAUAUGCAAUAUAUCAAAAUAAAGAAAAUCCGAACUUACAUAAUAUUAAGGAAGAAAAUGUGGAUAAUAAAAAUAUUCAUGGAUUAGAUAUUCAUUUAACUCUUGAAAAUAAUGAAACAAAUAAACAGGAACAUAAUCAAAAUGAUAUUAAUGAAAAUAAUACUAAGAAAAAAAAUAAUAAUGAUCAUAAUAAUAAUGAUAUUAAAUAUCUUAUAUUCAAAGGGAAAUCUUCUAUUUUUGAUAGUGUAUCCAAAAGUUCAAAUAAUAGUAUAUUUUUUAAAACUCUCUCAAAAAAGAAAAAGGAAUUCAAUGAAUUAUGUGAGAAAAAUAAUAAUUUUGAUUUUGUACCAAGAAAUAUAAACCUUAUACAAGCAAAUGAAAGUAAUAUUAAUAUGUAUCCAUCAAAUGCUAGUUCUCUAACCAUUUCCAAAAAUAAUACUUUAAAAAAUAAUGUAAUCAGAAGCCCUUCAAAAGAUGUUAAUGUGGAAACCCCUACGAUAUUUGAGAAUAAUAUGGUAAUUAAUAGUAAUCAUAAUAAUCAUAAUAAUAAUAAUAAUAAUAAUAAUAAUACUAAUAAUAACAAUAAUAACAAUAAUGAUAGUAACAAUAACAAUAAUAACCUAUUUAGUACUAAAAGAAGCUUGAGCGAAUCAAAAUUAAUUUUUAACCAAAAUGUUCUUAUUGAAGAGAUCUUAUCAAAGAAAUAUCGAACCUUCUCCAUAAACGAAUUUCUAGAUGUGGAACUAAAUGAUAAUUUGAAAGAAUUAGUUCGUGUGUAUAAAAAAAAUUUAUGUUAUAAUAUAAAAACAUUUUUAAAAAAAAAAAUGAAACGUUCAAAAAAGAUGUAUCAUCAAAAGAGUUAUUAUGAUACACUUACCCAUCUUUUUAGACAUAGAAUGACAAGAAAAUUGUUCAAACGAAUAAAACGUAAAUUUUUUAAAACAACAAAAAAACGAAUCAAUAAAAUGAAAAAGAAAAAAUGUAAAAAAAAUAUGAAGAAUGAAGAAUUAAGUAAGCAAAAUGGUAAUAUUGACGAUAGUCUCUUUUUAGAAACAACUGAUCACAUCGAUAAAUGUGAUACUCGAAAUAAAUCAACUGUCGAUGAAAAAAAUGGAAUAGAUGAAUAUCUAGAUGAAGAGGAGAAACCUCUUUUCUCAUUUUGUUCAGGGAGUUCAAAGGAAAAAAAGCAUAUGGAUGAUGAUCAUGAUCUUAUUGAAAGUGGAAUCAUACGAAUUAAAGGAGAAUUUUCUGAAGAUAGUAAUAUAAUCCACAGCAAUAAUAUUACAAAUGAUUCUACACAAAAAGGGAGAAAAAACGCGACAUCCAAAAUGAAUAAAUUCGUCGAAGGAAAAUUAAAUUCAAACAUUUGUAGUAAGGAUAAUAAUUAUAUUUUAUAUCAAGUUAAAAUGGAAGAGGACCAAAUGGAUCCUCUUAAGAUUAAUAACAAUGAUGAUACUAAAAAUAAUAAUGAUAAUAAUAAUUAUAAUGAUUGUUUAUCGUUAGAUGAAAGAAAGGUGUCUAAUGCAUGUUUAGAAAGCGGUCAACAGAGGGAAUUCAACCAUAUAAAUAUCUCUAAUAAUAAUAAUAAUAAUAACAAUAAUGAUAAUAAUAAUAAUAAUAAUAAUAAUAGUAAUAAUAAUAACAAUAAUAAUGAAUCUCCUUUUAGUAGUAAUGUUAGCAGUAAUAAGACGUCAGGGAAUUAUGAUAUCAAUGUAUAUAUUGAAAAAGAGAGCAUGAAAAUAAAAUAUAGUAUGACAAAAGAUAAGGAUACAACAGAGGAUAAGAGAAAAAAUAAAAAUAAAGAAUAUACACAAAUAAAUGAAAAAUUGUUUAAAUAUUCUUUUUUGAAUUUAUCUCUUUAUAGAUAUAUGAAAAAUCUCGAAAAUCAAAGAAAUAAAAAUACAUGUGAUAAAAUUAAAAAAGAACAAAAAAAAAAACAAACUAAUGUAAAAUAUAAAACUAAUGCAAUUAUUGAUUUUGGUGAAAAAAUUGUUUGGGUUUCUUUUGAAUUUAAGAAUUUACAUAUGUUAAAAAAAAUAAAAAAUAAUUUCUUAUGCUCAAAUUAUCUUAAUAAUAUUCAAAAUAUAACAAAAGAACCAGAAGAGAAAUUUGAAAAAUAUAUAACAGAUGAAAUGAAAAAAUAUAAAAAUAUAAAAAUUAAGUUUUAUAAAUUCUUAACAUAUUAUGAUUUUGUUUUCUUAAAAAACCGAUUAAAUUUUAUAAAAAUAACAUAUAAAAAUGAUAAUGAUUAUAUGUUACAAAGAGGUAUGGAAGAAACUAAAUCAACAAUGGGCAUAAAUAAUGGAUCUACCGAUUUUCAAGUUGAAAAUAAGGAAUUGAAGUUUAAUGAUUCUACAAAUUGUUUGUUAAAUGGAUAUAAAAUGGACGAAUGUAAUAAUAAUAAUAAUAAUAAUAAUAAUAACAAUAUUUUAAUUAAUAAAAAUACAAAUAAUGACAUGCCUGAAAUGAAUAAUGUACUAAGCUUUAAUGAUCAUCAAAUUGUAUAUGAUAAGAAUAAUAUAACAUUAAAAAGUAAGGUAAAAAAAGAAUCAAAAAGGUUAUUAAAAAGAAACAAAUUAUUUAAUGAUAAUAUAUCUUUAUAUCCAUUAAUUGAUAAAAAGAAAUUAAAUUCAUACAUAGACUUAAAUUUAAAUGUAGAUGUAAAAAAAGAAGAAUCAGAAAAUGGAUGUGAUGAAAAAUUAAAUGACAAAGUAUUAAGUUUUAUUAAUAAAUAUUUAUAUAAAGGUUUAAAAAUAGAUACUAAAAAUGAAUGCUCUAAAAUGGGAAUUUAUGAAAAUUAUGAUAAAAUUAAAAAUAUGACAAUAGGAAUGGAUAAAUCAAAUGAUAGUAUUAUUAUUGACAAUUUCUUAUGGUAUAAUAAUCCAGCGCUUUUUACUAUUUUUGAAAAAUAUUAUUUAUUAUUAAAAAUGCAAAAAUAUAUAUUACAAUAUAAACAUUAUUCAAAAAACAAUCUUAAGAAAAAAAUUAGUUCUGAAUCCAAUUUUGAAAUGUAUUCUAGUUCGACAUCUAUAAAUUGUACAUCUUUGAAUAAAUUAAAGGGUAAACGUAGAUGUAUAAGAGUGAAAACAGCUAAUUUUGGAGAAGACGAUUGUUUAUUAUCAAAACAUAAUCCAAGGUCAAAUGUAAGUAGUUCCCAUGGAUAUAUGAAUAAUAUUAAUGAAAAGAAGAAAAAAAAAGGAUCAAUAACUAAGCAAGUCACGAAAAAUCAUGACAAUAAUAAUGAUAAUAAUAAUAAUAAUAAUAAUAAUAUGAAUAAGAAUAAGAAUAAUUAUAAUAAUAACUGUAAUGCAGAUGCUCCUAGUACAGGAUUAGACAUUAACAAUGAAAAUGCAACCACAUUGAUUGACGAAUCACAAAUAGCUGAUGUAAAUAAUAUAAAAUCAGAACCCCUUUUAGAAAAAAAUGAUAAAGAAGAAAAAAAAGUAAAUGAAUGUUUCACACAAGAGGAGAACAAAGAGCAUGAAAGUAUGGAACCAAACAUAAAUAUGGACAUAAAUAUGGGCAUAAAUAUGAACACAAAUAUGGACACAAAUAUGGACACAAAUAUGGACACAAAUGUGGACAUAAAUAUGGACAUAAAUAUGGACAUAAAUAUGGACAUAAAUAUGAACAUAAAUAUGAACAUGAAUAAUUCUGGGCUGGUAAGAAAAUUAUGGCAUGCUGAUGAAAAUGCAGAAAAUGUAGACGAACAAAAGGGGAAUGAAGGAAAAGAUAACGAAGUUAUAGAAAAGAAACAAAAGGAAGAAGCUGAAGAGGAAGAGGAAGAAGAAGAUGGAGAUGAGAAUUCCGUUUCGUCAAGCAGCACAGUUAAACAACUUGACAAGAAUUUAAAUAUAAACGGAGAAGUGUCGAACAACAUUAAAAAGGAAUUACAAAAAGGUAGAAAUACAAGAUUAGGAAAUAAUAAAAUGAAUACAAAAAGAUAUUGUUCAUCACAAGGCACUACACCAAGAGGAGACAUGAAUUUUCUGGAAGAUACAGAUGAUGAAAACUUAAAAAGAAAAAGAGGAAGGAAAAAAGGAAAAAAGCGAGGUAGAAAAAAGGGAGUAAAGAAUAAAAUAAAAUUAUUAAAUGAAAAUAUUGAUUCUAAAAAAAAUAAAGUAUUAUUUGAGGGAUUAAUAGAAGAAAGUAAUGUUAAGGGAUAUAAUAAAUUAGGAAAUAAAAUAUUAAUGCCAGAUGGAGGAGAAAUGUUAGAUAAUUCAUUAAUAGGAAUUGAUGAAAAGGAAAACGAAUUAUUAUUAAAUGAGUUAGUACCGAUUGAUAAAGAUAUAAUAAUUGAUUUAUUAUGUGAAGAAGAGAAAUUAAUAGAAAGUUAUAUAAAAAAUUCUCGUUUUGUUGAUAAAAAUUUGAUAUGUAUAUUAAUAUAUAUGAAUAAUAUACAAAAGAAAUUAAGUUCUAUAUGUAAUAAUUUAUUGGAAAAAAUAAUGAAAGAAAAUAAAAUGCCUACAAGAUUAUGUGAUAAUAUAGAGAAAAGUAAUGAAAUUACUUAUAAAUAUAUAAUGUUUGAAAGAUGGAAUCAAUUAAGAUAUUCUUUAUUUUAUACUAUAAGUUUAAUGAAUUCAUCUAUACAAUAUAAUCAUAAUAAUAAUAAUAAUCAUAAUAAUGAUAAGAAUAAUAAGAACCAAUUAGUAAUUUAUAAUAAAAAUAUUAAUAUUAAUUCUAUAUUUGAUUUACAUGAAUAUUCUUGUAAACAUAAAAAAUAUAAAAUUCCUCCUUUUGAAUAUAGUGUUUUUCUAAAAUAUAAAAUUUAUAAAAAAAAUAAAACAAGCACACAAAAAGAUGAUCUAAAUGAAAAUGUAAAAGAUUCUACCAUCAAAAAUAUAACUGAUGAUAUAAACGAUUCUAUAGAUCAAAAGCCUAAGGGAGAUGUAAUUCAAAAUUUGGAAGAUAAAAAAAACAAUUUUGCUAAUGAUAAAGAAAAAUUUUGUGGUUUCUCAAAUAAUAAUGAUUUAAAUAUAACACCUGCUUUUUCAUAUUGUUGUAUAUGUUUUAAUGAUGAUUAUAAUACCAUGCAAGUUAAUGAACAAAAUGAAAAUCUUAAUAACUCAUCCAGAAAUAAUUCAUUACAGAAUAUAACAAAUGAUAACAAAAAUGAAAAUUUGAAUAAUAAGAUAAAAAGUGGAAAACAAGAUGAACAAGAAGAAAAAGAAGAAAAAGAAGAAAAAGAAGAAAAAAAAGAAAAAGAAGAAAAAAAAGAAAAUAUUAAAAUUAAGGAAAAUAAUAAUUUACAUUUUAAGGAUAAUAUUGAAAAAAUGGAAAGAAAAGAAAAUCAAAAUAAAGAAAAUACAAAUAAUAAGGAUAUUUCAACAAAUGAUGCUAAAAUUUAUAACAAUAAUAAUAAUGAUAAGAAUAAUUUGUAUAAUUAUUGCCAAAAUAAAAAGAACUCUAAUUGUUCUAGUAGUAGUAAUGAUAUAGAUAUGAAACUCAUUGAAAGGAAUAUAAAAAAUACACAUAACCUAAUGUUAAAAUGUAGUAGAUGUUAUAUGCAUGUUCAUAAAUUUUGUUAUAUAUCUACAAAAAAGUCAGAUGAAAAUAUUCUUAGUAAUAUUCAAAAUAGUGCAUCCAUUAAUAGUAAUGAAUGGUUAUGUCAGAGAUGUGAAUUUGAAAAGAAAUCUUUGGGUAAUAACUUCUUAUAUAUUUUUGAUACGAAUAUUAAAUGUUAUAUAUGUAUAGAAAGAGGAGGAGCAUUUAUUCAAAUAAAAAAUAAUAUAUUUGUUCAUACUUUCUGUGCAACCUUUUGUGUUCCUGAUUUAUUAGUUAAUAAUAAUGUAAAUUUAGAAAUUUUUAAUGAAUAUUUACAAUUGAAUAAUAUGUCUUUAUCACAAGAAAUUUUUUCAGCUUUUCAAAAAAAAAAAAAAAAAAAAAUCAAUCAGAAAAAAAAACAAAGGAAGGAUUAUAUACCGGUGAAAGAUUCAAACAUAAAACAAAUAUAUCAUAAUAAUAAUACAGAGUGUAAUGAUGCCCAACAUGUUUAUUUUAAAAAAAUAAAAGAAAGUGACAAAGAGAUAAAUGAAAAGGAUGAUCCUCCACAUACUAAUGAUAAGAUUCAUAAUGUCCUUCAACAUGAUAAUGAAUGUGAAAAUGAAAAGGAGGGACAUUCAUGCAAAUAUGUUUUUUCGAGUAAUAAUAAAAAUGAAGAAAUAUGUGAAAAAAAAUGUGAACAGAAAUGUAAAGAGUUAAUGAAAACGAAAAAAGAAAAUAAGAUCUAUGAUUUCUUUUCAUUUAUUAAAAAAGAUGAUAAGAAGAGAGGAAACGAAUGUGCAAGUACUGUAGAGAAUAUACAAAAAAGAGUAAAAAUAGAUAAUAUCGAUGAAAAGAAAAAUGAAGACUAUACAAAUGACAAUUUAAAUGAUAAUAAAAAUAGUAACACAAAUAAUAAAGAAAAGGAAGAUACAAAUAAUGUUAUGUGUGAUAGUAAUAAUAAUAAUAUAAAUAAAAUGAAGUCUACUCAAAGUUGUAAUGUUAAAUAUGAUAUUAAUUUAGAUGACGAUCAUGAUGAUGAGAGUUAUACUUCGGAAGCUUCUUCGUUAUCAGUUGUAUCUAAAUAUUCUAUUAAUUCUAUAUCUACUUUGUCAGAUAAAAAUAAUAUGAAACUUUGUAAUAAGGGAAAACAAAAAAAAGAUAAAAUAAGAAUAGAAAAUAAUUAUAAUGAUAUAAAUAAAUAUAUUAAAAAGGACUAUAUCUUAAACGGUUAUUUGAAUGAAGAUGUUAGAUGUGAUGUAUGUUUAAAAAAUAAAGGAAUAUUUAUUAAAUGUCAUAAUAUGAAUUGUGGAAAGUACAUACAUCCAUUAUGUGCUUAUAUGUGUGGUUUAUUUAUAAAAUGCAAAAAUUCAAAUAAGAAGUUUUUGAAAUUUCAAAAUAAAAUUGAUUAUUGUUUUCCUAGAAUAUUUUUUUAUGUAAAAUGUAUUUUCCAUUCUAUAAAAAAAUAUGGAGUUGUAAAUAUAUAUGAUCAAAUUAUUACAAGAAGAACAAAAUAUUUAAAUAGAGAUUUAUAUCCUAAUAUAUAUGAAAAUAAUAAAAAAGAAAGAAAACCUAAAAAUUCAUUAAAAUAUAAUAAAAUACGUAAUAGUAAUAAUAAUAAUAAUAAUAAUAAUAAUAAUAAUAAUAAUAGUAAUAGUAAUAAUUAUUAUUAUUUUAAUGUUAAUAUUAAUAAAAAAAAUGAUAUAUAUGAAAUCUUGGCAUUUAAUUUUAAUCAUUUAGAUUCUUAUCAAUAUAAUUUCUUCUUACUUCCAACUAUCGAUUAUAUGAAAAAUAAUAUAUGUUUAGUAUGUUUUACUUCUUAUAAGAAAAAUGAAUUAGUACAUUGUAAAUAUUGUAAUAUGUGUGUCCACAAAAAUUGUUAUUUAGUAGAUUCUUCAUAUUUAGAAUAUCAGUUUUAUCGAAAGAAAAAAAAUACAUGUACACUUUUAGUUCAUAAUAAAGAACAAAAAAUAGCGAAUCUCAUAACUCAAGUAAAAGCUAGAAAGGAAUCUGUAUUCUCAUUUUUAUAUGAUCAUCACAAUGUAGGAAGGAUAAAUAAUUGUACUACAAUCAAUAAUACAACAAAUUCUUAUAUCAAUAAUCAAAGCAGUCAUAGUCAAGUGGCUGAUUCGGAAGCUUUAUUAAUGUCACCAAAUUAUUAUGAAAGAAAAAAAAAAAAAAAAAAUCAUUCAUUUGGAGAGAGUGUUGUUUCUUAUUCAUUAAUUGGCAACCAAUCAAAUAAUGAUAAAAUUAAAACCAACAAAAAUGGAAAUAGCUAUCAUAAGGAGGAUUUAUAUGAUAAUGUACACAUUAAUAAUAGUUGUGAUCAUUUUGUUCUUAACAAGGAGGAUAAGGAUAUAAUUGUUGAUGAUGAUGAUAAUAAUAAUAAUGAUAAUAAUAAUAAUAAUAAUGAUAAUAAUAAUAAUGAUAAUAAUAAUAAUAAUAAUAAUAAUAAUAAUGAAGAGAUUUUGCCUAAAAAUUGUAAAUGUGAAAAGUAUAAUUGUGAUAAUGAUAAUUGCCAUAAUAAUAAUGAUGAAUCAUCCAUUAUUAAUCCUUGUGAAGAUAAAAAUAUGGAUGCAAAUUGUGAUAUGGAUAAAUUAUUAAAUAAGAACGAUUCAUAUGAUAAUUUUGGAAAGGGUAAUGAUUUUAAUAGUGGUAAUAAAAUACAUGGAGAUAAUAUGAACUGUAAAGAUAAUUUGGUAAACCAUGAUGAAAAUGUUGCUUUUGAUAUUGAUAAUAAUAUGAAAUAUAGAAAGGACUUAGAAAAUUCGGAAAUAUUUAAAGAAUUAAUACAUAACGAAAUUAAUAAUUGUCUAUUUACUAGAGAAAAUGAAGAAAAAGUAAAUUUUGUUAAUAAAUUAAGAGAUUUUUUUCGAAAUGAUAAAACUUAUCAAUCAUUAAAAAAAUGUUCAAAUGAAGAAGAAAAAUGUGUAACAGAUAUAGAUGAUGUAUAUGAAAAGAAAUUAUUUGUUUGUGAUUUGUGUGCUAAUAAUUAUAACUAUGAAAAUGUUAAUUGUAUAUUAUGUAGUAGAAAAGGUGGUGCUUUAAAAAUGGUAAAAAUUAAUGAUUAUAUAAAAAUCGAUAAAACCAAAAAUAAAAAAAAUAGUUUUAUGAAAAAUGAAAGAGAUUAUGUAUUUGUACAUAUGCAAUGUGCAUUAUAUACACCUCAAGUUGUUAUUCAAGAUAUAAAUGAGGAAUAUUAUCAAAUAUAUAAUUAUGAUAAUAUUAAUAUAAAUAAUUUAAAUGAAAAAGAAUUAAUGAAAAAAAAACAUUAUGAAUCAGAUACAGAAUUACAUUAUUUAAAUGUAGAAUAUUAUCAAGAUGAAAAACAAGGUUUAUUAAAUCAAUUCUAUUAUAAACAAUUCGGUAAUAAUAUAGGACAAAUGAAAAAUAUAAAAAAAGUUAUUGAUAAGAGAAAUUCGCUACCUAUAAGAAACACAUACAAAUUGUAUGAUCUGCCUGAAUCUGAGCAAAUGUAUCCUCUUGACAAUAUUAACAAUAUUAACAAUAAUUAUAAUGUCACUAGUUCUAAUAAUAUUUAUAAAAAAGUUUUUUUCAAUUUUAAAAGAAAAAAAUCAGAUUAUAAAGAAAAAGAAGAAAAAGAAGAAGAAGCAAAUAUUAAAAUAAAUCAUUUUAAUAAUGAUCAAGGGGAAAAUAAAAAUAAAAGUGAAUUAAAUUUGGUAAAUAAUCAUGGAAUAAACAAAGAUCAAAAUGAUAAUAAUGAAGCGUAUGAUAACCAAAAUAAUGAUGAGUCCAAAAAUUCUAAUCAUGAUCAUAUUUUAGGAAAUAACCAAGGUAACGAUAUAACAAAUUCAGUAGCAUUAACUACUGUUGAAGAUAUAUGUGAAAAAGGUAACCAAACAUUAAACAACAAUUUGGAAAUAAAAAAAGAGGAAUCUAGUUUUUCAAACAAAGUAACAAAUGAAAACAUACAAAUUAUAAAUGUUAAUACUUAUAACAAAUGGAAAAGUGGAAGAUUUUCUGUAUAUAACAAUAUUUGUUUCAAUAAUAAAAUGAAAAUAAAUAAAAGAGGAACAAUUGGAACAACAACAGAAAUAAGUGGAUAUCAUGUAAAUCAUUUAAAUGUAAACAAAUUUAUUAAUAAAAAGUUAAAGAAAAAUAAAGAAUAUAUAUCAUCAACAUAUAAUGAUAAUAAUAAAAAUAAUUAUAAGAAUUUAAAUAAUAUGAAUAAAAAAAUACUAUAUAAUAGAAGAAAUACCAAUUUAUAUUAUUAUAAUUUGAACAGGAAAAAAAAUAAUUAUAAAAUUAUUAUAAAAGAUAGAAUAAAAAAAUAUUUAAAUAAAAAUACUUGUUAUAUUUGUAAUUUAUCAUAUGGAUAUACACAAAAAUGUGUAGAAAAUACGUGUACACACUAUUUUCAUAUAUCAUGUGCACGUAUACAUAAAUUAUUUUUUGAAUUUGAUUAUAACUUUUUAAAAACGCAUCCAGAUAGUACUACAACAGAUUUAUCUAAAAUACCGAAUUCUAUGAUUUUCUGUGAAGAUCAUUCAAAAAUAAGAAGACGUGUAAAACCAUCCAUAAAAUUAUUUUCGAAAUUAAGGUCAUUUCUAGAACUUGCUCGUAUUAUUGUAGAUCAAAUGAAAAAAAGAGAGGAUAUAAAAAAUUCCUGGAUAACUGAAAAGUAUAAAAAUGCUCUAUAUAAUAAUGAUAUGUUAUAUGAUGAAGAAAAUGAUAUCACUUCAUCGGCCCUCUAUAAUGAUGAUAAUAAUAUGGAAAUUGUUAACUUACAAAAUGAUAGUAAUUAUUAUAAUUAUGAUGACGAUGAUGAUGAUAAUAAUAAUGAUGAUAAUAAUAAUAAUGAUGAUAAUAAUAAUAAUGAUGAUAAUAAUAAUAAUGAUGAUAAUAAUAAUAAUGAUGAUAAUAAUAAUAAUGAUGAUAGUAUUGAUCAUAAUAAUGAAGAUUAUGAAUAUGAAGAAAAUGAUCCUUAUUAUGAACAAAAAUACGCAUAUACCACAUCAAAAGAUCGUUAUAAUAAUGAUGAUAUAUCAUUAGUACGAAACAACAAAAGAAGAAAUAGACGUUUGUUGAAUAAUGUUCCAAAUGAUCAUAUAAAAAGUGAAUUGAACAUAAAUUAUACUAAUGAAAUGUCCUCUCAUAAUAUGAGGGAGAAAUCACAGAAUCUAAUGUUUCUUUCAAAUAGUAAUGAUAAGGACAAAAUUUCCUUUUUGGUAUCAAACGAAGAGGAUGCAGUAAAUAAUGAUGAACAUGAAAAAGAAAAUGAUUUUAUAAAUUUUAAAACGGAACAAGAAAGUAUGAAUGAAAAUAAUGAAAAUAAUGAAGAAAAUGAAGAAAUCAAAGAAAAGGAACCUAAUACCUUUUAUAAUUCGGUCCUAGAUCAUAAUGUAAAAGGCGAGGAUUACAAGGAUGAAAAUAAUGAAAACAUUAAUAUAGAAAAUGCGAAGGGAGAAAAUAAGGACAAUGAUGAUGAUAAUAAUAAUGAUGGUAAUAAUAAUGAUGGUAAUAAUAAUGAUGGUGAUAAUAAUGAUGGUAAUAAUAAUGAUGGUAAUAAUAAUGAUGGUAAUAAUAAUGAUGGUAAUAAUAAUGAUGGUGAUAUUUAG